AUAAAAAGGGGGGGAACCCGCCAUUGUAAAGAGAGAGACAAUUGACUACUCAAUAAAAGAAUAUUAUCGAGUGGUUAUAUCUUCUUGAUUCAUAUUACGUUCUUGGUCCUCCAUCUGAUCGGGUUAAUCCCAUCAUUGGUGCUUUCAUUGAGAUAAAUACUGUGAGAUAAGGCUGUGAGAUUAUGGCUGGACGAAGGACGAGACGUAACCCUGCUGCUUCCGCCCAGUCGACGGUGAGGAGUGACAACCCUGAACAGGGUAUGACCGUUCCUGUCAAUGGGUUGGAAACGGAACUAAAUAAUGUGGCUAACAUGAUGGCCAACAUUAUGGAGCGAUUGGAUAAGGCUCUUCCAGGUCCAUCCGGUACCCGGGACAUCCCUGCCAGGCAACCCCGCCAGGUCCUGCGUACUGCGAGUUCUCCUAUCCUCCAAGAGCUCCAUGAUCCGGAGGAGGUUGAAAGGGAGAGGCAAGCCAUUGACAGACGCCGGGCGGAGGAAUUGACCCGGAAUAACAAGGUGAAUGAAGGCCGGGCUAAGGAUGCAAGCCGGAUCUUCGGCGAUGGGAACGAGAACCUGCGGGCAUCUGUCUUUGAAAGGAUAUCUCGCCAGAAAGCUCACCGAAACGGCCGUGGCGCGAGCCAAGUGCUGGUCCGGUCAUUGAGGAAUCUGGAGGAGGACGAGGUUCAAAGCCAAGCCAGGGUCCCAGCACCAUGGCGUCUGGGGCCGCCGGUUCCGGAAGCUGGUGAAUUCCAAGAUCUGAGGCAGCAGAUCCAGGAAAUGCAGAGGAAGAUAAACAAGGGUCGAGUAUUCACUACCCGUACGAAUACUCCCUUAGCCCCGGAGAUCUUUGCGGAACCAUAUCCGCAGGGAUUCAAAAUUCCGUUUGUUAAGCGUUAUGAUGGGGAGUCAGACCCCCAGGAACACAUAAACAAUUAUGUCCAAGUGAUGAUUGCCGUAGACGCUAGUGACGCACUCAUGUGCCGGUGCUUCUUGCAGACAGUUGACAGCAAGGUCGCGGAUUGGGUCAACCAUAUCCCUGCCGGAUCGAUCCGGACAUGGGAUGAAUUGGGACUACGGUUCUUAGAGCAUUUCGCCGGGAACUGCCGUCCCAAAAAGCAUUUUACUCACUUGGCUUCGGUGCGACAGAAGCAUGGAGAAUCCUUGAAGAAUUUCCUUAUCCGAUGGAGGAAAGAGUCCAGGGAGGUUGAAGGAACCGAUGAUAAUUCCAGGUUGGCUAUGUUCACAGCGGCAUUACAGGAUGGACUCCUUCACACCGAUCUUACUACUCAUCCCCCGGAUACCUUCGAAGAAGCAAUGGUCCGGGCGGGGAGGUAUGUGACCCUGGAAGAAAGAAAGGAGGAGAAGAAAGAGAAGACUCCUAAAGAAGAAGAGAAGACGGGAAAUAAGAAGCUGUUCAAGAAUAAGAAGCAGGGCUUCCCGGAUGGCCCAAAGGGCGCAAGUCCUGGGACCUCGGAGAAGCAUAAAUCUGCCAAUCCAGUCUUCACAUUGCCAGUGGCCGAGGUCAUGGCCCACGCUGCACAGCAAGGACUUAUGACUUACCCAACCAACUCUCAGAAGGUCUGCAAUGUGGAAGACACUGGAAAAUGGUGCGCUUACCAUCGCAAGAAUGAUCACAACACGGAAGACUGCUAUACUCUGAAGAAUGAGAUGGCGAGGCUAAUCCGCCAGGGUCAUCUAAAGAAAUUCGUGCAAGAUGGUAAUGCGGGAAAUCCCGGGAAUGCUCAGAAUGGAAAGCGCAGAGAUAAAGAAGUGGCCCAGGCUGAGGCCCGGGAGAAACGCCACAUUGGGCUUGAAGACGAAGAGGACGAUUCGGAACCCACACCGCAUCGCCAGAAGAGACACCACCGGUGUAACUUCAUCAUUGGAGGGAAUACUGGCGGAGACUCAGCCACAAGCCGGAAGAAGUGGGCUAACGCGGCGAUGGUCAACAAGGUGCUGGUCCUAGAUGGUAAGAAGCUGAAAACCGAGCCAAUUGUAUUUUGUAAUGCUGAUCUCCCAGAAACAGGGGUCCACCAUAGGGAUGCCCUAGUGAUUACUAUUGAUAUAAUGGACUUACUGAUCCACAAAACCCUUGUGGAUACGGGAAGCUCCGUUAAUAUCAUGUAUAUGGAUACGUACAAGGCUCUUGGUUUGACAAGGGAUGAAUUAUCACCCAUCAAGACUCCACUGACCGGGUUCACCGGUGACUCUAUUGACCGGAGGGGGGGAUCUCAGAGAGUGUCCCGGGCAUGGUAUUUGAAGGCAACCAAACAGCCGGUCAAGUACAAUACCCAAGUGGGAGAAGUGACUGCGCAGCUCCUGAGGGCUGAGGAAAAACGUCCCAGAGUAGAAGUUGCUGGCGACAUUGAAGAAGUGGAAUUGGAGCUAGGCACGCCGGGAAGGUUGGUCAGGAUUGGCAAGGGCCUGGGGGCUGAACUCAGAUCACGAGUGAUUUCAGUCCUUAGAAGGUUUAGGAGGGUCUUUGCAUGGAGUCCAGCUGAUAUGCCAGGGCUGGAUCACAAGAUUGCAGUUCAUCGCCUAAAUGUCCUGCGGGAUGCUAAACCAGUGAAGGAAGAGCACGGGGCCCAACAUCCGAUCUACUACAUCAGCAAAACCCUGAGAGAUGCGGAGUUAAGGUAUUCCCGUCCGGAAAAAGCCAUGUUGGCGGUCUUCUGGACAGCGAAGAGAUUAACUCCGUACUUUCAGGCUCACCGGAUUGUUGUGCUCACGAAUGAGCCUUUGGCGUCACUUACCCGAAGACCCGCGGCAUCUGCCCGGAUGACCAAGUGGGCAGUCUUCAUCAGUCAGUAUAACGUGGAGUUCAGGCCGCGCCCAUCCAUCAAGGGGCAAGCACUCGCCGACUUUCAAGUUGAGUGCACCGCUAGAGAAAUGACAAGAGCCCAGGUUGAAACCCGGGUGGAAAAGGACUGGGUAUGUUUUGGGGCGUUACAAGCUGAAUAUGAGGCCCUAAUCAACGGAUUGAAGAUUCUUAGUAAGAUGGGAGUGUCCAGGGUUCAGGUUUACAGCGACUCCCGAUUAGUGGUGGGACAAAUCACAGGGGAGUUUGAAGCAAAGGAAGAAAGGAUGAAGAGGUAUCGGGACUUGUCUUUAGAGAUGUUGGGGAGGUUUGAGUUUAAGCUUGAACAUAUACCCCGGGCCCAGAACGCAGAAGCCGACGUUCUAUCCAAGCUCAGCGCAGAGUCACCGGAAUACAUAAGCAAAUUAGCAACCGUCGAGGAACUGGUAACUCCGAGUCUUAACAGCAAUGAGGUGAUCUGGGUAUCAGCUGAUCCCCCGAAAUGGCUGGACCGGUUGGCCAAAUACAUUGAGGACGGUGAAGCCCCAGAAAAUCCUAAAGAAGCACGUCUGUUGCGAAUGGGGGCACCUACCUACAAGGUACAGGAUGGAGUCCUCUAUAAGCGAUCUUACAACGGUGUUUUACUCCGUUGCCUCAGGGCAGCAGAGGCAAAGGCACUAAUGGAAGAAAUACAUGAAGGAGUAUGUGCUGCACAUCGGGGUCCUUACUCCAUUUCCAGAAGGGCUAUUAUCCAGGGAUACUUCUGGCCAACGAUGAGGAAGGAUUGCGAAGAGUAUGUACGCAAGUGCCCGACCUGCCAACAAUUCCAGAAUAUACCCGGGAGGCCGGCCACGAAUUACACGCCCAUCAUCUCUGUGAUUCCCUUCUCAAGAUGGGGGAUUGAUAUUGUGGAAGCCCUGCCAAAAGGAGCUGGGCAGGCAAGGUGGAUUGUGGUGGCGAUAGACUAUUUCACAAAGUGGGUAGAAGCUAAGCCACUUGCCGGGAUUACCGGAAGGCAGAUGAUCGACUUUGUCGGAACGAAUAUACUCUGCAGGUUUGGGGUCCCGAGGCAGAUCAUAUCUGACAAUGGAACGCAGUUUGAGGAAGCAGAGUUUCAAGACUUCCUCAAAACUUGGAGAAUUCAGCACACAAAGGUGUCUGUUGCGUACCCUCAGGCUAAUGGACAAGUGGAGAACGCCAACAGAACAAUCAUACACGGAAUAAAGAAGAAGCUACUUUCAGAAGGAAGCAAAUGGGUAGAUGAACUACCCAGAAUCUUGUGGACAUACAGGACGACUCCAAGGAGAACCAUGGGUGACACUCCUUUCGGCUUAGCUUAUGGUUUUGAAGCCCGGGCUCCCGCUGAGGUAGUAAUCCCCACCAGGAGAGAAAUGGAAUAUGACCCGGAGGUGAACGAACAGAAUCAGGCCGUAGAGCUGAAUUUCGUAGAAGAACGAAGGGAUGAAGCACGGAUCCGGGCAGAGAAUUAUCGUCGCCAGGUGAAAUCUUACUUUGAUAGCAAGGUGACACCAAGGGCGUUCCAGUUGGGGGAUUACGUUCUGAGGAAAAGAGAGAAAAGUCAACCAACUAAGGGUGAGAAGUUGGCUAAGAAGUAUGAAUGACCUUAUAUCAUCAAGGCCGUUGUUCGCCCAGGUACCUACAAGUUGGUGACUCCCAAGGGGAAAGAAAUUGAUAGGACAUGG